AUGACCUACCCGCAGCUCAGAGGCGCCUAUGCGCAUGUCUCGAGGCGCGGGAUAAAUAACGACGCUUACAGCAACAACGUGGCGCCAGAAGAGGCCGCCUCACGUUUCAGUCUAAAAACUGGCUUAAAGCUGACCGAGGUGGGGGUCGAACACCGACCGUACCCCGCUGUUGAAAAACCGGAGAUCCUUUAUCGAGAGGUAGAUGAAAGUUUGUGCAGCGGGAAGCACUUGAGAUUCUCAUUGGCGAGAGUUGGCGCGGAUCAUGUUCGGGCAGUUGAAGCAGACCGCAUGCAUUGCAUGAAGGCGAUACAUAUUUGCCCUGUCAUAGAGCUCAGCACCAGCCACCUGACUUUCAAAAAAGCACAUGCUCACGGACCAAUAUGUGACCUUGUGGUCAUGCCCGUCACAGUGACAGAUGCUGACUAUGGAGCUUUGAGCCUCGAAGACUGUUCUAGCCCCUCCCUCAACGGCACACGCGAGCCCCUGUUCGAUCAGGGCAAGCGCCAUCACGGCUCAGCAAUUGGAGAAGUCCUCACGGACCCCAUCGGAAGCAAAAUCGCGUUCUUAUUGGCAGCCUUUGACGUGGACGUGGGGUGGGAUCCCGAGGUCCGAUUUCUCACGUGUAAUGUGAGGCAUUUUUCGUCACCACGCCUCACUUUCACUGAAAAUUUUCCAUUUUACAUCGACCAUCUUGCUCGAAUGAAGAUCCUUGCAUUGCUCAGCCGUAAUGCUGCCUCCCCAAGCUCGCUACUUGAGGUCCUUCUUUCACAUAUCCAAUCAUACGUCUUUGAGAAAUUCGGGGUCAUUCUUCAUGAGUGUUCAUCUGGGGCUGUGCUAGAAUGUUGCAUGAGGCCGCUCGUCUCCAAUUUCGAGUUGCUGAGCCGUAAUGUUGCCUCCCCAAGCUCGCUACUUGAGGUCCUUCUUUCACAUAUCUAAUCAUACGCCUUUGGGAAAUUCAGGGUCAUUCUUCAUGAACCGCAGAAACAGGCAUAAGGUUAGACCUGGGACAGUAGGGUUUUUUUCGCGCAAAGGGACGAAAACAGGUUCAAAAGCUACAGGCAGGCAGCGGUUAAGCUAUAUAGGCGUUGUGGCAGAAGAGAGAGUGGUUGAAAGAUAGGCAUUGGAGAGGUCUUGACCGUUUUUGGUAAGAGGAUUGUUUAGCGAGGCAGCAAGGGGCGCUAGCUGCAUUUGGGGUUUUGGUGGAAUUGAACACCAUUCACCUCUAGCUGUUAGUAGUACAUAGAUAAUGGAC